GCGCUCACCUUUCCUUAUUGAUGCUCUGCCACCACGGCUAAUCAUGUCAGAGUACGAUUCACUCCAUCGACAGUGCAGGACGCUGGAGUCCCUGUUUGAUACGAAGCUCACUUCCUACGCCCGGCUUGCAUCGACUAUCACGCGGAGCCAAGACGACGUGGAGGCCGGCGGUUCAGCAGAGCGAUGGAAGGACCUUGAGAUAGAGGUUGAGGAGCUCUUACAAAAGCUCGGUGAGCUGAAUGACAAGCUCGGUGCUUUGUCAAACGAUCCCGAUGGUCCACCGUCCCAGUCUAUGCUCCGCGCAAUACAGCGCCACAGAGAAGUGUAUCAAGACUAUUCCAAAGAGUUCAGGAGGACCAAGGCAAAUGUCCAACAUGCCUUGGAUCAAGCCAACCUUCUUAGCGGCGUACGCAAUGACAUAGAUGCAUACAAGUCUUCUGCUGCAGACUCGCUCCUGGCUGAGCGAGAUCACAUUGACAGUUCUCAUCGGAUGACGGACGACAUGCUUGCACAAGCGUAUGAAACGAGGGCUGACUUUGCUCGACAGCGGUCGACGCUAUCAGGAAUUCAGACUCGCAUGACUGGUGUGCUAAACAUGAUACCCGGGAUCAACAAUUUGCUUUCCAUGAUCAAGACUCGUCGACGAAGGGACGCUAUCAUUAUUGGAUGCAUCAUCGGACUGUGCACUGUAUUGCUGUUGUCAUAUGUGUUUUGAUCAAGAUAUGCUAUUACUAUUUGCUACUGGUACAGGAUACAGGACAUGUAACUACACUUUGAAAGCUUUCAAACUUGAUGCAUUAUGAGUACAAGAGCACGUCAAAUAAUCGUACACAUCAUCUUCGUCAAACCGCUCAUCAUUACACCCCAAAGUUCUUGCUGACCGGCUGAGAGAUCUUCAUGCCACCGGCCUUAUUUCCGGUGGACAUGCGACGUGAUGGCAUGUUUCCCUCGCCGCGCUUGUGCUGCGCCUCCUUUAGCCUGCGCUCAUGCUCGGAUAGACCACGGUGCUUCUCGCGCUGCGGCUGCUCUUCCUCGUGUUGGUGGUGUUCGUGUGCCACCUGUUCACCGGGUGCAGCAGGUCGGGGGUAGUCAUCCGGCCCUGUGUCGUUCUGGGCAGUGUCUGAAGCGGGCUUCUGCUCGCUAUAGGGGGUUGCAUGAGAGGGCGAGAUGGUAGCUGUUGUUGCUAGGUGCUCACAUGUGCGCAGCGUGCGGUCUCUGACGGUUCGUCAUAGACAUGCGUCGACCGCCGACCUUCUCUGUUAUUCAACGCGCGCUUCAGCAGCUUAGUUUAUAUGAGGAGACGUAUGAAACGUACGCGCAGGAGGGUGGGGCGGGACGUGCUCAGGCAAGGGCGUCGACUUUGUUCGUUCGAGGGGAGCAGACAUCGUGGGUGAUGUGGUCGCGAGAGCCGUACUACGCGCAUUUAUGUGGAGGCACCCGU